UCGUUUUUAACUGAUAUAUCCUGUAGCUGUGUGAGUGAGUAACUCCCAGCUGUACCACACUGCCGUCACCAAAAAAACGUCCAUUCAACAUGAUUCCAUACUUCACUGUAUCCGGCACAUAUUACCAGGUUGGCAAGCAGAUCGGAAAGAAGUUCCGUGAGCUGAUCGUGGAUUACUAUGGGGUAGAUGAGGACUUCAAAGAUGUCGUGUUUCCUUUCAUUCAGACGAAAGCCGGAGAGAAAGUAUACAUGGAUUAUCUCAACAACGUAGAAACUCUAUAUCCACAGUAUGUGUCCGAGAUGCAGGGCUUGGCUGACGGAGCCGGGCUUACCUUUAAACAGGUCUUUACGAUGCACCUGUCACGUGAGAUUCGCAUCGGUGUGGCAGUGAAGCAGGAAUGGGGCUGCAGUGACCUGUUCAUUAACUACCCUAAAACAGGACAGGUAGCUUUAGGUCACAAUGAAGACAUUGACCCGAUGGUAAAGACCCGUGCUUACGUCGUGAACGUCACGAUAUAUGACAGUGAGGACACAUAUGAACCUAGACGUGUGAUUGAGCAGUUUACAGCUUAUACUUAUCCCGGUCAUUUGCCGGGCUCAGCUUUCAGUUUUAGCGCUGCUGGAAUGGUGUUUAAUUGCAACGGUUUGCCGCCAGAGCUCAUCUGUUAUGAUAAAAUACCCAGAUAUAUUCUGAACCGUGCCAUGAUAACAGCCCAGAGCCGCGAGGAGUUUGAGGCGACUCUGCAGUGUCAAGGCGUGGGCUCUGGCUACGGCUUCAGUGUAAAUGUUGUCCAGAUGAACAAAGACGAGUCGGUCUUGAUGUGGAAUUAUGAAAUCGCUCCUGUUAGAAAUAGUCCCUCAACUUUAAUGCAUCGGAUCUCAAUAGGGGCGGACGGGGACACGAGCACUCACAGAUCAGGGUACUACUUUCACUGUAACAGGUACCAGCAUAUGACCGUUCCUGAAAUCAAGCCUCUGACGUGGAGCUCCAAAGGGAGGCUGACUCGCUUUUCAGAACUUCCGGCUCCUAAAACCAUCGAAGAUAUGAUGAAGGUGCUGGAAGACGAGACGAACGAAAAGUACCCGAUCUUCAGAACUCCGAGGCCGACGGACCGGAAUGGUACUGUGGCAGUAGCCAUCUAUGAUUUCAUCAACAAGCAGUUGGACAUAUAUGAAGACAAACCAUCCCGUUGUAAGCCCGACCUUACCCUGAGUCUACCGGAUGGCAAACGUAUUUGAUUUAUUCCUCAUUUUAUGAAACUCAAACUAUGUUGAACAGCUGCAUGCAAAUGUUUCGUAUUUGUGGAAUUUGUGUUUAAUCAAGUUUGUUUCACGAAAGAUGUAUCGGCAUACUGUGUAGGACAAUUCAUUCACGGUCAACAAUAGACAAUGUUAAAUCUACAAGAACUAAAAAUAAUUUGAUUAUUUCUUUAUUCGCGUCCCACUUUGUACUUUCUGUGGGCGAAAAAUUAAUUCUAAAUUUUGUGGAUGAGGCCAAAACAAAUGUUUAUUUAUUUCAUUGCUUGGUUGCUUUGCUUGAUUGGUACCAUAUGGGCCAAGGAAAAUGGAGAGUCCGGGGUAAACCUUAAGAUUUAUAGCUGGAAGGCAAGUGAUCGUCAAUGAGCAUUA